CACUCGCGCACCGUCGCACAUAGGUCAAUUUUCACGAUCUACGCGGUCAAAAUUGGAUUUUCCAAAGAUCCGGAAAUCGUUAAAAACCAAUUAUCGGUGAUUAGUAAACGUUUCAGGGAAUCCCAAAUUACCCAUUAUAACUACCCCACGUCAACCUCGAACGUGCAGAGGUAGUUGGAACUUGACCAUCAACCAGUGCGCUAUUCUUCGGGAUUACAGUGUUACAAGCAACCACAAGUUUGAACAUAAAUAUUUCUUUUCCAGUGUCAGUGUUUGAGGUGAAUGUGGUGGAUUUCGAUAACCAAGGAACUGCCAGCACAUCAGGUGUGAAAACUGUUUCCCGGAGAUACCUCUAUGAAAUAAUGAGAGACCAAAAUUUACCAAAUUUUGACGCAAAACUCGAUUAUCUGGAAAAUCAUUUACUAUCGAACUAUGGCACCACUGAUGAUGAUUUAAAAACAAUUAAACACAGAUUUUCUAUAUUUAAAGCAAAUUUAAAGGAAAGGUGGGCGAAAUCUCACAGAAUGGAUGACAAUUUUUUGAAAUGUAAUGAGUCUUGACUUGAGGGAGCUUUCGAACUUCCGUUAAAAUUGUUGAAUCGACCGGGACGCCCUACAAAAACUUUUGAUACCGCUAGUGAACGAACCAAGCGUCGAAAAACUGAAGAAAUUAGGUUAAAUGUCGAAGAUGACAUAAUUGUCCACGCUACACAAACAACCUUAAGAGCACAAGGAAAAAGAGAUGUGUCACAUAUUCUUAAAGAAAUAACGAAUCAUCCUGAUCGAGCUCACGAAUAUAAAAAAGCAGUCGACGAAAAAGAAAAUAAAGAUUGUGUUACGCCUUUGACACCAUUACAAGCUCUGACAAUGUUCGUUGAGGCUGAUCUUACAAGACGUCAAUACGAAAUUAUCCGAAAUACAAAUAAGGCAUUUUAUCCUCCUUAUUACCUUUUGUUAAAAGCAAAACAAGAAUGCUUUCCACCAAAGGAAUGUUUGAGAGUUACGAGCACCUGUGCGGAAAGCAGCUUACAGAGCCUUAUUGACAAUACCAUUAAGCGGUUAUCAAUUUUCUUGGAAGAAGUGCUAUUAACGCUUAACGAAGAAGAGAGAAAUUCCUUGAAUAUAAUUUGUAAAUGGGGUUGCGAUGGCUCUCGGCAAGCUAAAUACAAGCAAAAAUUCGAUGAUGAUAUGGAAUCAGAUGCUAAUUUAUUUUUGAGCUCAUUUGUGCCACUUCAAGUAGUGUGUGGAAACAACAAUAAAGUAAAAUGGCAAAACCCUACGCCCCCGUUCCCACGAUUUUGCCGUCCAAUAAGAUUCAGAUUUUUAAAAGAAUCAACUGAUGUCACAAUGGAAGAAAUAAAUUAUGUCGAAGACUCCGUGAAAGGACUAAAAGCAACAGAAAUAAAUAUGAACGAAAUCAAAUUCACUUUUAAACAUUCUUUUAACAUGACUAUGGUAGACGGGAAAAUAUAUAAUGCUGCAACCGGAACCAAGUCUGCAAGUAGGUGCUAUAUCUGUGGUGCAACAUCGAAAGACUUUAACAAAAUUGACAAGAAGGAGACAUCAAGUUCAACUGGAUUUAAUUUUGGGCUCUCUGUAUUGCACGCCAGAAUUAGACUGUUUGAAAGUGUUUUACAUUUGGCAUAUAAAUUACCAGUUAAAAAAUAUAGAGAGAGGAGGACUGACAAAGAGAAAGAACUGUAAGCAGAAACGAAAAAGCACAUCCAAGAGAGGUUUCGGAUUGAAACUGGAUUACUGGUGGACAUGCCUAAAACAAAUUUUGGAAAUACCAAUGAUGGUAACACCAGUAGAAGAUUUUUUGAAAAUCCCCAAUUGGCUGCAGACAUAACCAGUAUAAACUUCGAAUUAAUUUACAGAUUAAAAGUUAUAUUAGAAACUAUUUCGAGUGGCCAUAGAAUCGACACUCAAAAAUACGGUGAAUACGCCGAAGAAACCGCAAAAUUGUAUAUAGACUUAUAUGGAUGGCACCCUAUGACUCCAACUAUGCAUAAAAUUUUAAUACAUGGAGCAACUAUAAUUGAAAAGGCUCUGCUACCAAUAGGUCAAUUGUCGGAAGAGGCUGCAGAGGCACGUAAUAAGCAUUUCCGCAUAUAUCGCCAGAAUUUCGCUAGGAAGUUUUCUAGAGAACACUGUAAUCGGGACGUUUAUAACAGAUUAAUAUUGAGUUCAAAUCCACUAAUAAGCAGUCUAAGACCCAAGAAGACAUCUAUAUCAAAAAGUUUUUGUCCCGAAACAAUUGAAAUGCUAUUGUCUGCAGAUCCUUACUGCGAACUUGAUAGAGAUGACGACCAAGAUGACUCCAUACUUGAAUAAAUAAAGAAUUACUGUACAUAUAUUAUUAUUAUAUUUUUUG